GAAAAAGCUUCUCAAGGAAAACGGAAUUUGUUUCAGAUGUUGUGAUUCCAAGGAACACUUAGCGCGAGACUGUAACGUGAAGCUUAAGUGUGAGGUGUGUCAAAGUGACAAACAUUGUGGUGCCUUACAUGUUAACAGUUCCCAGGGCGGGGAGGAUAAGGAGAAUUCGCAUGUCAGGGAGAACAGUAUACCAUCAUCUUUUACAACAAACUGUACUCAAGUCUGUUCGCCUGCAUUCAGUGGCAAAUCCUGUGCAAAGAUUAUCUUAGUGAACAUUUUUCCAGUUGGUCGAGAAGAUCUAAAGAAAAGAGCUUAUGUGAUCCUUGACGAUCAAAGCAGCAAGACACUCGCAAAGUCAUCAUUUUUUGACAACUUUGGAAUCCAGGGACAAGACAUUUCAUAUACAUUGUCAUCAUGCAGUGGUUCAGCCAUGGUCUCAGGGAGACAGGCCUUUGAUUACGUGGUAUCUUCAAUACACAGUGGUGAACAAAUAUACUUACCAUCAAUUAUUGAAUGUGAUGACAUCCCAAUAUCAUACGAGGAGAUCCCAACCCCAGCUGUAGUGAAACCAUACAAACAUUUAUCAGACUUGGAGUCUGAGAUCCCAUCAAUAGACGAUGAAGCGGAAGUGCUUCUUAUUGGACGUGAUGUUCCCAAUGCUCAUCAUGUGUUGGAGCAAAGGAUUGGUAAUCCAAAUCUACCUUUCGCACAGCGACUUCCUUUAGGCUGGGCCGUUAUAGGGGAAUGUUGCCUAAGCAAAGUACAUAGACCUCAACAUGUGGUUGUGAACAAGACUCUGAUUUUACCAUCUGGACGAGGAACUCACUUUACCCCAUGCUCAUCAAAUCUAAGAAUCUCAACGUAUGAAGAUGAUAUAGACAAUCAUUUUUCAAAUGAGAAGGGAAUUCAGCUUUCCCAGAUUUUUGACCGCACCAAAGACGAUAACAUUCCGGGAAUGUCAAUCGAGGACAGGGAAUUCUUAGAAAUCAUGGAGAAAAAGUGCCAUAAAGACGAGACCGGACAUUGGUCAGCUCCUUUACCAUUCAAGUCCAAUAGGGAUAGACUACCUAACAACAAAGAGCAAGCAUUGAAAAGGACAUAUUCAUUGCUGACGUCUUUUAAACGUGAUCAUGUGAAAAUGAACUUAGCCAUAAAGUUUAUGGAAAAUGUGUUUUCUCAUGGAUUCGCAGAGGAAGCUCCAGAGGUUCAGGAGGGAGAGGAAUGUUGGUAUCUUCCUAUCUUUCCAGUAUUUCAUCCCAAAAAGCCUAACAAGAUCCGAAUGGUUUUUGACUCUUCGGCUAUUUAUCAAGGACAUUCAUUGAACUCUUCUUUGCUACAAGGACCAGAUCUUACUAACAAUCUACAAGGUGUCCUUUUACGUUUUCGCAAGGAACGUGUAGCCAUCACAGGAGAUAUAGAACAGAUGUUUCAUAUGUUUCACAUCGACAAAGAACACAGAAAUUUCGUUCGUUUCAUUUGGUUUAGAGACAAUGACCCUGCUAAGCCUCUUCAAGACUACAGAAUGUGUGUACAUCUAUUCGGGAAUUCACCAUCGCCCUCUGUCGCCACAUACUGUCUUCACAGAUGCGUAGAGGAACCUUGUGAUAAUGAUGUGAAAUAUUAUGUUACAAGAAACUUUUAUGUUGACGACGGACUGUCAUCUUAUGACGCAGACAAUGAAGCUUUAGAAAUCCUGUUACGGACACAGCAGAUUCUAAGAGAUAGAGGCAAAAUUAGAUUUCACAAAUUCGCUUCCAACAGCCAAAUUGUCAUGGAUUCUUUACCACCAGAGGACAGAGCAAAAGAUUUGAGUGAUGUACAUUUAGAUCUACAUACAACGCCUACACAGAGUAGUUUGGGUCUAAGUUGGAAUUUAUCACUGGACGUAUUUACCUUUCCAACAGAUCUCAAAGAUGUUCCAGAAACUAAGCGAGGUGUGUUAUCUUGUUUACACAGCUUGUAUGAUCCUAUAGGAUUCCUGUCACCCGUCAUCUUGGCCGGAAAAUUUAUUUUUCGGGACAUUACGCAACUUCAAAUUGGAUGGGAUGAUCCUCUUCCUAAGGACAUACUUCUGCGCUGGCGGUCCUGGCGAAGCUCUCUUCAUCACCUUUGCAAUGUGAAGAUAGCGAGACGAUAUGUACCAGUAUCUUUAAAGAGUGCUGAAAGGAUUGAGCUCCACACCUUUGCAGACGCGUCAGUUAAGGCUAUAUCUGCUGUCACAUAUAUCAAGGUUAUAAACAAGGGAACAACUUACCUAGGAUUCGUGACUGGAAAAUCUAAGCUGGCCCCUCAUCAUGGUCAUACAGUCCCAAGACUGGAACUCUGUGCCGCUCUCCUUGCUACUGAGAUUUCUUCAUUUGUUGAAAGCCAACUUGAUAUUCAGAUUCAUGACAUGAGGUUUUACACUGACAGUCGUGUUGUUUUAGGCUACCUAUACAACAAGACCAGGAGAUUUCAUACAUAUGUGUCAAACCGAGUCCAACGGAUACUAACCAAUUCAAAGUCAGAGCAGUGGACCUUUGUGACAUCAGACCAGAAUCCAGCUGAUGUAGGAACACGUUCUAUUCCUGCAAAUGAACUUGCAUCAUCUUCAUGGUUAACAGGGCCAAAGACUAUUUUGGAUCAUAACCAACAAGAUUCUUCAAAUUACCCAUUAUUGGACCCAGAUAAUGACUGUGAAAUCAAAAAGACUGUCACUGUCGUAAAAACAAAUAUAUUUCAUGAAUUGAACACAAACAUGUUCACAAGAUUUUCAACCUGGAACUCUUUAAUUCGAGGACUAUCAUUCAUGCGUAGCGCUAUUCGCCAGAAACUCAAACUUCAAGAGCUCAGUCAAACAAAGCUUUACCAAAGUAUGGAAAAGAUUGUGAUCAAAAGUGCACAGUUUGAAGCUUAUGGGCAGGAUAUAGAGAGACUUAAAGAGCAUAAACCAGUCACUAAAGGUAGUCCGCUACAAAGUCUGGACCCAUAUCUGGAUAAUGAAGGUCUGCUUCGAGUAGGAGGCAGGAUUCUCACUGGAGACGUGUUAGCCGGAGCUAACGGACCAAUUAUUGUUCCAAAAAAGUCGCAUGUGGCACGAUUACUUAUAGAACACUAUCAUCAGAAAUCUAAACACCAAGGACGUCACAUUACAGAAGGUGCUGUAAGAUCUGCAGGUUAUUGGGUCAUGGGUGCCAAGAGACUUAUAUCAUCAUUAUUAUACUCUUGUGUAAUUUGUAGAAAGUUACGACGCAAAGUAGAAACACAAAAAAUGGGCAACUUACCUGAUUUCCGAUGCAAACCAUCACCACCAUUCACUUAUGUGGGAGUCGACACCUUUGGUCCCUGGGAGGUAACAGCUAGGAAAACAAGAGGAGGAGUUGCUAAUUCUAAAAGAUGGGGAAUCUUAUUCACGUGUUUGACGAGCAGAGCAGUGCAUAUUGAACUGGUGGACGAGAUGUCAUCCAGUGCCUUCAUCAAUUCCCUAAGACGUUUUAUAGCAAUACGUGGCAAGGUCACCGAAUUUCAUUCUGACAGAGGGACUAAUUUUGUGGGAAGUACAGAUGCACUUAACAUUCAUGCUAUCAACAUAGAGUCUCAAACAGUGAAGAAGUUUAUGGUGGAAAAUGGAUCUACUUGGAUAUUUAACCCACCAUAUGCAUCCCAUAUGGGAGGGAUAUGGGAAAGGAUCAUUGGAACAGCUCGCAGAAUUUUAGACGCAAUCAUCAUGGAGUCAAAGAAACCGCUUACACAUGAUGUUUUGAAUACUUUUAUGUACGAGGUUUGUGCUAUCAUCAACAGUCGGCCAUUAGCUAAUGUGUCUGUGGAUCCAACACAACCAUCAGUUCUUUCCCCUUCAGUAUUGCUGACACAAAAGACUGACGUCGAUUAUGGACCAUUUCAAGCAAUUGAUGUGAAGGACAUGUACAAAUCAUCAUGGAAACACACUCAAGUUUUAGCCAACCAGUUUUGGAAACGAUGGCAGCAAGAGUACCUUAACAGUCUUCAAAGCAGGCGAAAGUGGACUUGUGCUAAGGAGAACAUCAAAGUUGAUGAUGUAGUGCUUUUAAAGGAUUCAGAUACU